GCCUCUUUGUGGAGAAAUAGUGGUUGAAACACUGUUCUUUCUCAAAAUUACUCAAACAUGGGUGGACCUGGUUUCAUUUUGCUCUCUCUCUCUCUCUCUCUCUCCUGUCUCUAUUUAUUCCAUGUCUUUCUCUCUCACCACUCUUGUGUGGUUUCUCAGUAUCUCACAUUCUCACUGGGUUGUGACAGAACAUCUGCGAUGCGUGAGAAGCUUCAGUGUUAUUACAGCCUAACACUAAUGACCUAUUUCGCAGGCUUGUAUUUAAGGCUACAACAAAGUAAACAAUCUAAAGUGCAAUUAUACAGAUUACUGAUCAAAUUACACUGAAACCUACAGAGUAAUCAGCUUAAUAAUGAUUUGAUGCCUGGUAUCAUUUCUGUUAGUGGUGAUGUCAGUACACCAGUAGAUUUGAGAUGACUGAUGAUGUAAGCUAGUACACCUCUUCCUGACAUCACUGGACUCUUGACUUUCCUGCUGUUGCUAUGGGUUCAGCUGCAGUUUUCCAAAUUUGAAUGCACCUCUGUCUGUGUGGACGGUGCAGCUGAGACAGAAGACUCCGUGUUCUCCUCUGAUAUCCUGCUGCUGUUUUUCACAAGCAGUGCAGUGAAUUUACAGUUUUUUGUGUUUAUGUAAUAUGUCACUCUCUAUCAUUCCAUUUUCCCUCCCUCCCUCUCUCUCUCCCUCUCUCUCUCUCUACAUCUCUCUCUCUACCUCUCUCUUUCCUCACGAACUCAGUGAGGAAGCAAGUAGCCCACAUCAUAUCGUCAUGGAAACAGCAUGUGAGUGUUAGCAAGAGGGAAUGAGGAGCGAGAGGGAGGGAGAGGGACGGAGAACAAGUAGGAACUGCAUUAGAAAACAAGCACAGUCUCCAGAGCCAUCUGAAAGGUAGGUAACAGGGGCUGUUAGGACAGGACUUAAUCUAGCUCAUGUGCAAAUAAACCUGGAGAGACGUUCGUCCAGGACUAGGCAGCGCCGUGGAUGCUGUACAGAAGAUGAUGUUGCAGUAUUGUGUAUUUUGGCCAGUCUCAAAACUAUUGGCACACUAUCUCCUCUCUUGGACUGUCAAGCAUCUAUUAAAUAACUACUGAAGAAUAUUUGCCGUACCAGACUUGAUCAUCACUGUAGUGCAGGUUGUGUAAUUCUCACAAUGCCCUGAAAGUCCAAGGAACUGAUGGAAUGGACUUGGCUCUGAAAAAAAAAGCAGUUUUGACAUAAUUGUCGCAUCUGAAGGACAAAGACAAAGUUUGCUGUGGAAGAACAAUGGAGCACACAACCUUGUUUUGUCCAUCGCAGACUUGGAAAGGCCCUAAUGUUUCAACGUUUUCAUCUGAGUGGGAUGAUACGUUGAACUCCUACCUUUUGGCACCUGAUGUGAUUAAACCUCCUCCACAAUUCCAAGAUCCAGAGGAACCAUGCCAGGCCACACCUACCAACGUCGCUGUCAUUAGAAAGAGGGACAAAGACGCGGUCAGGACAGGCGCCAUGCAAAAAGAGCGCAGGAGCAGACCUGUCAGUGCCAUGGAACACCACAGACGUUCGUUAUCACUUUCCACAGCCAUCACCUCCAACCCAGGUGCAACACGGCGCCGGUGUGAAAGCUAUGCCCUGUCGUAUCCCAGCAGUAGCUCCGACGACAGUGGCAGUGAUAGCACUUCUGUGAGGAGAGGAGAUCGCCUUCCUGAUGCAGUGCCUCAGCACAAGGCUCGGAGCAUUGUUUUGAGAAAAGCCAAAAGGAAACCAGCCCCACCUGCACGGACAGUUUCGCUGCCCAGACUUACAGACGUGACGCCUCCAGAGCGUAGAACACAGAGUCUGUACAUUCCCAAUGAUGCACAGAAUGCCACACUCCUUCCGGAUCUUAUUCCGUUAUCUAAAGAAGAAGCCGGUGACUCCGGGAAGACCACGCUCACUCUGGAAUCACCAGGAGAUGUUCCAGUGAAUCAGGCCAUCUCCAGUCACAGGCCACUAAAAGAGCUAAGGUCUAGUGAACCAUGCAAGUCUAGCACAAGUUCCUCAGUCGGAUAUCCUCUAAACGAACCUGCAAAAGUCCCUUGCAACUCAGACUGCAACAACUCCCCAUCAUCUUCUCGCUCUUCUCCCUCUCAGCCUUCCAUCUCCUCCCCUUCCAAACCACCUGGCUCAGCCUCGCCCUCCAGUGGCUACUCGAGCCAGUGCGAGACUCCCACUCAGUCGACCGCUAUUACGACAGGAGCUGGCAGAAUGCGCCCCAAACCUUCCGGUGCUGUUCCUGGCCAACAGGUCCGAAACUGCAGAUCAAGAUUAUCCCUGCAGUUACCCGAGACGCAAGCAGUUAACCCGAAUCCGGAACCUUCUGUCGUCCUGCCAAAAGUCAACCGCCGUUACUCUGAUGCCUCGCACCCGAAGCAGAGAUUGAGUAACAGCAUGCUGAUAAUGCCUGUGGUGACUCAGGAAGACCUGAACAAGGUGCGCUUGCGUUCAGUCAGCAGCUCUGACCUCGACACUACAGCUGUCAUUGAGGAAGAGAAUGAAAAGGAUGCAGGCUCUGUUGCUGCUCAGAACAGCCCAAAAAACAAACCCCCCGUAGCACCCAAGCCACCUGUGUCUAAACGGCCACCCUGUGCAGCAGCAGUGACUAAUUCUAGCACAACUUCUGCUGCAGAUCCGACGGUAACCAAUGCCAAUUAUGGACAAAGCAGCAUUUAUUCAACGGUUAACAAAGUUAAGCCCAAGGUUGUUCUUCCGUCCUCAUCAAAUGCCAGUAAUGACCACAAGCAGAAGUCUCAAGAGCACAUGAAGGAGACGAGUCGCUUCCAAUCCCAGUGUAGUACCGAUUAUACACAUGCAUUGUCCUUCAAACCUGCUACUGAUGCCAAACCGAGCGAGCCACAGAAGAAGAGAAGAGCACCGGCCCCUCCGGUUUCAAAGAGACCCAAUACAGUCCACUUACCCCAUGAUAACACGUCAGUACUGGAUAAACACGUCCAGUCUCCUUAUUCAAAGCCGGAGAGUUCUCAACGAGAAUACCACGUCACGGUGUAUGGACUCAUUCCAACUUAUUCACAAGUUGAUGAAAAAGUACCACCACCGGAAUAUGAAUUAUAUGAUAAAGAGGACGGGCAAGUGUCAGAAAUCGGUGCUCUUCAUUUGGUGAAUGAAGAGGAUGAGGUUUUUCUUCACAAGCCCUCCUCUCACACAACAGAGGACCUUUUCACCAUUAUUCACAGGUCGAAGAGGAAACUCCUGGGUCGCAAAGACUCUUUAGAUAACAAGCAAGGUGACUUUGGCACUCACACUCUCGGCGGUGUUUCCAAGUCUACCUACCAGAACGACAACUUCAUGGCUCUUCUGAGAAGGACGAGAAGUGCCAAGGCCAGCUGCGGGAGUCGGAUCUCAGCUGCAGAACUUCUGAGGAGCUCGAAACCUGCAGCACCUGCCGGCUCCACAGAUCUGACCAGUUACAAAAAACACAACGUGAUGCAAUCUCACGCUCCUUGAACUGUCAUUGUCAUCGAUGCUGUUUUGGCUGAAUAUCACGUUAUCACAGUAUUGCUCGCUUAAGCUUGUGAACAAUCUGCUUGCAUAAAAAAACAUUUUUUCCUGUUUGAAAUUUUCAGAAAUUUGACAAUUUAGAUUUUGUUUCAUCUUUAAAACUAAAAACCUUCUUUGCUAACUAAAGAUUAAGACGUGUAAAAUGAGUAAACGAUUUAUUUUCUGCAAAUUGCAAAUGUUAACAUAAAGAGCUGGCUUUAUAUUGUCUAAAUGUUAGUUAUACUUUAUGUUAUAUUACAAAAAUGUAUUUGUCUCUACUGCCUUGAGUGGAAUUUUGUGAAACAGCGCAGUAAUGCUGUAUAUUAUUGACUGUUUUCAGAACAUACCAUACUGUAGAUCUAUUCAAAGUAUUAAAUUUCUAUCCAUAUGG